AUGGCGUCUGCAUCACGCAGUGUGAAUCUUCAUCCGGCGAACUACCUCCCAGACUCUCUCGAGACAACGACAUUCGACAUCAUCGUGAUUGGUAGUGGUCCAUGCGGACGCCAACUUGCUUCGAAAACCGCUGCCUCUGGACUCACCACAGUCAUUAUCGAAGAUGAACUCUGGGGUGGGGACUGUCCUUUCUGGGCGUGUAUGCCAUCCAAAGCCAUACUAAGACCUGGAGAGGCUCUCGCAGCUGCUAGAAUGGUAGGGGGAGCUAAGGAGUUGAUCGCGACCGAUCGACUCGUGGACGUCGAAGGCGUCUUUGCCAGACGUGACAAGGUUGUGAAUGGCUAUGACGACCAGCACCUUGUCAACCUGUCACUGAGCCAAAAGUGCACGGUUGUGAGAGGACGAGGGUCUCUUAUUGGGAACAAAAAGGUUCUCGUACAAAAUAGAAUCGCCCAGGAGAAAACCUUGACGGCAACCCAGGCUGUUGUGAUAUCAACUGGCUCCGAACCUGUGAUUCCGGAUAUCAGAGAUAUCGGGAACAUUGAUUACUGGACGCCGAGGGAGGCUACCUCCGUCAAGAGCGUCCCAGAGCAUUUGAUUAUUGUUGGCGGUGGUGUGGUCGGUUCAGAAAUGGCCACUGCGUUUUCGACUUUCGGAAGUAAAGUCACACUGAUAUGUCCAAGCUCUGAAAUACUGCCCAGGUUCGAGCCAGGGGCUGGCAAGCUUGUCAGAGAGGCACUGGUUGCACAGGGUGUUGACUUUCACUUGUCUUCAAGGGGUGUUCAAGUAUGGAAAGAAGAUAAUGGAAACGCGUCGAUAAAGCUAUCAACCGGGAAGAUUGUCACUGGUUCACAUUUGCUGCUGGCAGCCGGUAGGAGGCCUCGGACGCAGAGCAUUGGCCUGGAAAGUGUUGGACUGACCCCGUCCUUGGAAGUUGAUCCGACCAUGCUUGUCAAGUCCUCUCAAGGAACGUGGCUUUAUGCUGUUGGCGACGCAAAUAGGCGAUCGUCAACGACACACAUGGGCGCGUAUCAGGCACGAGUUGCAGCAAAGGCCAUUGUUGCACGAGCGCGAGGAGAGAUUGUGUCUGACCCGAAACCGUGGUGCAACUUCAACGCCACAGCAGACUCACUUGCUGUCUCCCAGGUGGUGGUCACCGACCCGCACGUUGCAAGCGUUGGACUCACUUUGGCUGAAGCACGCAAAAAAGGCAUCGACGCCAAAGAAGUAGCCGUCACUUUCAACUUCCCUGGCGCUUGGGUGUUUGCCGAAUUCAAUUAUGAAGGAUGGGCGCAAUGGGUCGUCGAUUCUGAGAAGAAUGUUCUUGUAGGCGCCACAUUCGUGGGAAGAGAAGUAGGCGACCUUCUUCACGCUAGUACCGUUGCCCUUGUUGGAGAGAUUCCCUUGGAUCGACUGGUUCAUGCUGUCCCAAGCUUCCCAACGAGAAGUGAGGUGUACGGGUUGCUCUUAGAGAAGUGGUUCAGUAUACGUGAUCGCAGUUGA